CUCUCCCCAACUACAACUCCUGAGAUCCUCAAAACACUCUCUGUGUCUACGUCUCUCUCUCUCUCCCUCAUCUCCCCGGCGGAACUCUCUCUCUCUCUCACGGAAUCAUGGCUUUCGAGAAGAUCAAGGUCGCCAACCCCAUCGUCGAGAUGGACGGAGAUGAGAUGACUCGAGUCUUCUGGAAAUCAAUCAAGGAGAAGCUUAUCUUCCCCUUUGUGGACUUAGAUAUAAAGUACUUUGACCUUGGCCUUCCUCAUCGUGAUGAAACUAAUGACAAAGUUACUAUUGAAAGUGCGGAAGCUACUCUUAAGUACAAUGUGGCAAUUAAGUGUGCAACCAUUACUCCAGAUGAAGGACGUAUGGAGGAAUUUAAAUUGAAGCAGAUGUGGAAGAGUCCAAAUGGAACAAUUAGGAACAUUCUGAAUGGAACCGUCUUCAGAGAACCAAUUAUUUGCAAAAACGUCCCUCGGCUCAUCCCAGGAUGGACAAAGCCUAUAUGCAUUGGAAGGCAUGCUUUUGGUGAUCAAUAUAAAGCAACUGAUACAGUCAUCAAAGGACCUGGAAAACUCAAAAUGGUGUUCGUACCAGAAGGAAAAGGAGAAAAUACAGAGUUGGAGGUUUAUAACUUUACUGGUGCUGGAGGAGUAGCUUUGUCUAUGUACAAUACUGAUGAGUCCAUCUAUGCUUUUGCGGAGGCUUCAAUGGACAUUGCUUUCCAGAAAAAGUGGCCGCUUUAUCUUAGCACAAAAAACACUAUUCUUAAGAAAUACGAUGGAAGAUUCAAGGACAUAUUUCAGGAAGUGUAUGAAGCUAAGUGGAAAUCAAAGUAUGAGGCUGCUGGGAUAUGGUAUGAACACCGCCUCAUCGAUGACAUGGUUGCUUAUGCUCUUAAGAGCGAAGGAGGUUAUGUAUGGGCAUGCAAAAACUAUGACGGGGAUGUGCAGAGUGAUUUCUUGGCACAAGGGUUUGGAUCUCUUGGUCUGAUGACAUCUGUCCUGGUGUGCCCUGAUGGAAAGACAAUAGAAGCUGAAGCAGCCCAUGGCACCGUUACACGCCAUUUCAGGGUUCACCAGAAAGGUGGUGAAACCAGCACAAAUAGCAUAGCCUCCAUUUUUGCAUGGUCCAGAGGGCUUGCACACAGAGCCAAGUUGGAUGACAAUGCAAAACUCUUGGAUUUCACUGAGAAACUAGAAGCGGCUUGUAUUGGAACCGUGGAGUCUGGAAAGAUGACCAAGGAUCUUGCACUUAUUAUCCAUGGAUCUAAGCUUUCUAGAAACUUGUAUCUGAAUACUGAAGAGUUCAUUGAUGCUGUGGCGGAUGAGCUGAGAGCAAAACUUGGUUGCAAAGCUUAACUGUGGGAAAGGAGAUUUGAAAGCUGCCAUUGGGUUUCUCAAUGAGUCAGGUUACUGCGGAGAAGAAUAAAAGGGGGUGUGAGACUAAGAGGAAAUUCAGGUAGUCAUGCGCGGGGGAAUAGAGCUGUUGUGGACUAGUGUUGGAUUUCUUUGGAUUGUCGUUUCUAAUUGCUACCAAAGAUGUUUUAGAUUCGACGUCCUUUAUUUCAAUUUAUCAUCUUGAUUGAACUGAA